UGUUCACUAGUGUCUGUUUUGACGUUCGCCCAAGCGAACGCUGUUCUCGCAAAUAGCAAAAGAUUGUGGCCGAUUAUUUCGUGUCCAAUAUUGUUAACUCAAUACUGCAUGUAUUGUUGGUACUGCUAGCGCGUCUGAAUCGACUUGUGCCACUCCAGAUGGGAUUGGAUGUGAAACUUUGCUGUAGAUUGUGUUUAGCGGAUUCCGCCAGCGAGAAUGCAACUCAGAUCGAUGUGCAACAGCAGCGGGAAGUGGGCGAACUGGUGGAAGAAUUAUACGCUUUAAAUGUUGGCGUAUCGGACCGGGGUUCCAGGUUUGUCUGCGUGCCGUGUUACAGGAAUGCUGCUAACUUGAAAAAGUAUCUUGACCAACAUCGCACAAAGGCGAAACUUGUUUCGGUGAAUCAAUCAAUACUAGUGGCACAGGUCGAAGCCUACCUGGAGAAACAAUUGGAUGAGACAGUGCUUGCUGACAACGCAUCAACUUCAAUUUUCGUUUCAGAGGAUGACUUGCGUAGCGAGCCUCGAACCGGCUAUCGACCGCCAAGCUCAACUCCUGCAGAGAUGUUACUCACGCUGGAAGACUGCAUGCGCUGUACCAGUUUCCGCGAAACGUUACAAAAUCCCUAUGAGCUGGGCCAUCUAAGGCUUUCCGGUCCUAUUUAUCAGGAAGACACGGAUAGUUUCGCCGAGUUUUGGCACCCCAAUCUGUUGUAUUGUACGGUUUGUAAGCACACUUUCGAGGAUGCCGAAACUUUUGAUGAUCAUAAGCCUACCUGCAAGUAUCGUUGUGUAUACUGCAAGCGAAAAUAUGCGCUACCGGAGAGCGCGAAGCAACAUGUUUGCCCGGCUGGAGAUAAGUACAAGAGAAGUAAGCGAUUGCGGAUGCUGAGUAUAACGGAUGAACCAAGAGCUAAACGCGCUAAAACAGUUGAUCGUGAUUCGCAGAGUGUACCACGAGCCGAAGCAGUAGAGGCAACUCCCGUGGUUUCCACAUCUGCCAAUUCAUCAACAUUCGAGGAUAAUCAUGACAAUGAUAGUUUGAAACUUGUUCCCAUGCCAACUUUAUUACCCGCUCCAGCAGAAGCCCCGCACAUCGAGGGUGAGGCUAGUCUGGAUGCCGAACUUUCGAAUCUCUUAGAGCGGUGGUAUGGCCACACGGAAGAUAUCGAAGAGCUCAACCAUCUAAACUUGGAAGCCGUUGAGGAAGUUGCGGAUGAGAAUGGUUCCAUCACCAACGCAGAUCUUCACGGUAGGAUUAUUGAUAUGACAUACCAACAGAACGCGACUCCACGUAGGCCUGCUAUAUCGGUCAAACCAAUGAGUCAGCUAAUCGGAACCUCUGCUCCGCCUCCUCUAGCGGUAUUUUCGUCCGCAAUCCAAACUCCCAGCGACGUUAUAGAAAUUGAUGAUGAUGAUGAUGUGGUGGUACAGAAUUCGACUGCCGUUCCUCAAAGUGCUUCCUCUGUGACCAGACCCGACGGCCAAGCGCUUAGCCAAACCGAUAUACUGAACAUCGUUAAGCAUUUCCGCGGCAUUGAUGAGAACGAAUCCUAUCUUAUUAAGGCCAAAAUAAAUGGGGCUCAAAAGUUAAUCUGCAUCAGUAAGCGAAAAGGCGAAGGAAAUUCUCAAUCUAGAAACGCAUCCUCUAUUGUAAAUAAUAAUUCCGCACUUCAAUCUGGAAGUAGGAAACCAACGCUCAUAACUCCAGCGAGUAGGCAACAGCAGUUGGCAACUCACAGCACUCCUUCAUCUCACAUGAAAACAAAAAUUGUGUCCGAUAAAAAUGGUACAUCGGAUUCCGGUGUUCCCCAGAUUAAAAUAGCGCACGUGCAGUCUCUGGGUCAGAAUACACAGAUGCUACAAAAUCAAACAGGACCUCGACGAAUACAUAAUGGAAAACAAACAGUAUUUACACCACAAUCGACUGUGAACCAUCAGAAGACUACCGUACAAAACAUAGCAUCUCCAUCCCCGGCUUCAAUGAAGCGGCUACCAACCUUCCAGCAAUCGACGGCUAACAAUGCGACGACUCAACCGCGACGAAUUAUAGUGGGAAGUAAUUCCAUCAAGCUACUCAAUGCAUCGGAUAAGACAAAGAUCAUCGAUCCAUUAUUGCAACAAACAACCGGAGUCGUAUCAAACUCGAGCACCACCACCACAACGACGUCAACACAGCAGCGUAUCGUUGUGCAGAGGAAACAGGUGCAAACCAUAAUUCAUUCUUCGGUACGCCGAACAACCGGAAGUAGCACCCAAGUAAGCAAUGCGAGCUCUAACGAGUUACUGCGGACACAUUUGCUCCAACAGCCUCGGAUUGUUUAUCCGGGCGCGAACAGAGCACCCCAGAAUGGAAACAACGCGGCUACUGACUCCAGUAGGAAGUUUCAGCUGAAUAACACAACCAUAACUCGGAUAGAUUAACCUUGCGUAAUUAGUAAUCUACAGAUUUAAGCAGAAUCAUUAGGAAAGUAUUUUAAUGGCAUGUAAAAGUCAUAUUCUAAGGUACAUUAUUACCGGAUUAUUGUGGUAAAAAACAUGAAGCGAAAUUCAUUUGUAUCUAAAAAGGCACUAUUGAAUAAACGAGAUGAAUUUUUUCACCGACUGGA